AUGAGACCUCCUCACACAGAGGAGCAGACCCAUCAGACCUCCUCACACAGAGGAGCAGACCCAGGAGACCUCCUCACACAGAGGAGCAGACCCAGGAGACCUCCUCACACAGAGGAGCAGACCCAGGAGACCUCCUCACACAGAGGAGCAGACCCAUCAGACCUCCUCACACAGAGGAGCAGACCCAUGACACCUCCUCACACAGAGGAGCAGACCCAUGAGACCUCCUCACACAGAGGAGCAGACCCAUCAGACCUCCUCACACAGAGGAGCAGACCCAGGAGACCUCCUCACACAGAGGAGCAGACCCAGGAGACCUCCUCACACAGAGGAGCAGACCCAUGA